ACCAGUGAAAACAACACUGAAUAAACUGGGAUUUCUUGACUUUGCUUCUCCGUCUUCGAGCAAGAUCCUUACUGGAAGCUGUUUCUCUACACACUCUGAAGCUGAGGACUGAUUGCACCAAUAAUGAAGUUUGUGAGGUUUCUGAUGAAAAACGCAGCUUUGGCGAACGUGCCAAAGCACAUUGAUCACUUUUCAAAGUUUUCGCCUUCACCUCUGUCAAUGAAGCAGUUCCUUGAUUUCGGUUCCACCAAUGCAUGUGAGAAAACCUCCUUUGCCUUCCUGAGACAAGAGCUUCCCGUGCGAUUGUCCAACAUCAUGAAGGAGAUCAAUCUGCUCCCUGACCGAUUAUUGACCACUCCAUCCGUGCAGCUGGUGCAGAGCUGGUACAUCCAGAGCUUAAUGGAGAUCCUGGAUUUCCUGGACAAAAGUCCCGAUGACCACAAAGCCCUGGGAGAGUUUGUGGAUACAUUGGUGACCAUCAGGAACAGGCACAACGAUGUGGUGCCCACCAUGGCGCAGGGUGUGAUCGAGUAUAAGGAAGCCUUCGGCCAGGACCCCGUCACCAGCCAGAACAUCCAGUACUUCUUGGAUCGCUUCUACAUGAGCCGCAUAUCCAUUCGCAUGCUCAUCAACCAGCACACACUAAUAUUCGACGGGGCAACGAACCCUAUUCACCCCAACACCAUCGGGUGCAUCGACCCUUGCUGUGAAGUCGCAGAGGUCGUUAGAGAUGCGUACGAAAGUGCCAAAAUGCUCUGUGACCAGUACUACCUUGGCUCUCCCGACCUGGAGCUGCGAGAAUUAAACGCCAACAAGAAGGGACAGUCCAUUGACAUAGUGUACGUCCCCUCCCACCUCUACCACAUGCUGUUUGAGCUUUUUAAGAAUGCCAUGAGGGCCACUAUUGAAAACCAUGAAGCCAGUAGCAGCCUCCCGCCCAUUAAAGUCAUGGUAGCUAUUGGUGGAGAAGACCUGUCAAUAAAGAUGAGUGACCGUGGUGGUGGGGUCCCCUUCAGGAAGAUUGAGAGGCUCUUCAGCUACAUGUACUCCACGGCUCCCACGCCACAGAUAGGCCAUCACCAGAGGGCACCGCUGGCUGGGUUUGGCUACGGGCUCCCCAUCUCACGUCUCUAUGCCCAGUACUUCCAGGGAGACCUUCAGCUGUACUCCAUGGAGGGCCACGGCACUGAUGCGGUCAUCCACCUGAAGGCUUUAUCAACAGAUUCAGUGGAGAAACUGCCCGUGUAUAACAAGACAGCCCUGAGACACUACAAGAUGAGCCAAGAGGCAGAUGACUGGUGUGUGCCGAGCAGAGAGCCCUUGGACCUGGCUGUCUACAGGGUUGCUAAGUGAGGAACCAGCCUUGUACCUCUUACCUUGAAGAGUUGAGGCAAAAUGGAACCCGCCACUGGGCAAACUUUGCAGAGAUGGUUCGGGUGGAAGACAAAGGAGACCAAUCUCAGAAGUAGCUGUGGAACUCUGUUGACUAUCUUGACAGACAGUGAUUUAAAAAGUAGUACACAAUUGUAUUGCCCCUGCCCUAGGUGUUCUGUUUUAGAGGGCAAAGGAAAUAAGCAUGAGUAGAAGUGGGGUGGAAGUGUCACUCUUAGACCACAGUUGUCACUCAGAAUGCAUGGUAUUCCUAUUAUGUCACCAGUGUCCCCUAAAAGUUAUAAUGAGUGUCCAGUCUAUAUGGUGGCUGUCAGUGCACUGUCUCCAGGGCCUGUAGUGGAGACUGUUCCUAGUGAGUGGCAAGCUGCGAAGAGCAUGGGUCUGAAUGCUAGCAGCUAUGAUCAGGAUGUGGACGAAGGUCUCCGUAUGUUGGUUUGUGGGAGAAAUGUGUGGAGGUGAAACUGCAUGGGAUGAAAGGUCUCGUCAUACAGAAAUUCUGCCUUUGACGUUAAGUUCUUGAAUUUACAACAUUGGAGAGUCAGAGGAAGAAAGAGACUGAACCUCAGACUGAGUAAUAAGGAAGGACCGAAAUGGUGGCCCUUAUCAUGGACCAUAUUUUGAUUGCCUGCAGACUACUGUCUUAAGCCUAGCUAAGCUAAGGUCCCUAGCAAGCACUGGACCUGCCUUGCACGCCUUACAGAAAGACAUUGGGACAAGAUCCUUCCCACCACAAGAGGCUAAAAUCUGUAGGAUUAACAAUAUGGAGAGAUUGAGACAAUUGAUUUAAAAUGUGCUGUUAAUCAAGAGCUGGACAGUGAGACCACCUGACUCUCAGAUAAAAUGGAUUAGCAUCAGAUUUGGAGGCAUUACAUUUUAUUUUCUUAAGCCAUGAGAGCGCAACUCAUGUAGUACCAUUUCAAAAACCAUUGUAACCAAAGAAGUAUUUGCAUGGUUUAAAUUCGAUGACUGUUUGUGAGUGGUUUCGUGGGCAGAGUCACCUGUUUUGUGGUGGAACUUCAAGGUCUCAGGAGACAUUAAAAGGACUGUUAUUUACAAAGGUAUUUUAAUUGUCUUCUCUUCUAAUCAGGCAUGGGGGCAAACUUUAUGGUAUUUCACUCAUCUGUCCAAAGCUAGCCUCCUGUGGUGAGAAACCUCCCAGAUGUAUACUUUGGUAGUGCUAAACAGCAUAAUUUUUACAAACGGCUGCAUAUUAGUGUAUAAUUUAAAAGCAUUUUAUGGAUGGUCUGAAAGGAUAAGUCUGUGGAACGUGCCCAAACAUUUCAUAAAGUUGUACGUUUGAGGUCAAUGCAAGAUAUUACAGCCUUAUUUAAUCUGUUUAGUGCAAUGUGAUGUGAACUGUACAAACCAAUCAGAGUAUGUAACGUUUGCAGUUGGUGUACCUCAAAGCAGCAGCCUGCCAUUUUUACACCCCAUUGAGAUGCCUUGACACUGUGCCACAGUACUAGGUGGCAUGGUGAACUUUGGAAUGUGGCCAUUGUGGCAGCCCAUUAGUGCUCAUAGCUGGCACUGGGAGGCAUGACUGAAUAUGUAGUAGUCUGCCCAGUGGCCUUUGUUCAAGUAUUUAACUUCCUGAACUUGGUCACCCCCAAGUCCCCAAGGUAUUAUUCAACAUGUGUGGUUUGUCUUUUUUAAUAAACCUGAGCAAAAGGUUCGGUCUGUCAAAAUACCAUGUUGUAAAAUGCAUGUCUUUUGUUGAUGUCAUUUUUUGAUGUAUUUGUAUCCCGCUGUGACCCCAGUAUAAGCAUGCAUGCAUACUCUAGAUGGCAUCUGUGUCAGUUCAGAGGUGGAUUGGGGAAAAUUCAGCAGGGAUCUGUAAGGUUUUUUAAUCAAGACAGUUUGGAAAGGGUUGAUGGCUCUUUGGUGAUGUUUGUCAAUGACAGAAGUGGGUCCACUUGAUGUGCACACCAACUAUAUAUUAUUAUUACUUUAUGACCUUGGAUUUGUGUUUUGUUUUUUAUUUUCCUUUUUUAUAUUUC